AUGGCAUCUUUGAGUAUGACCCAGAUCAGAGCCGGGAAUUGGGCAUCUGGGUUUGGCUUGAAUUGGGCUGGGAGGGUUCAGGGUAGUCCCAGCAGUGUUGGGUUUAAGGUUUUUGCUUCAGAGACUCAAGCUACAGAGCCUGAUCUUAGUGUCACUGUUAAUGGGUUGCACAUGCCCAACCCCUUUGUUAUUGGGUCGGGUCCACCAGGGACCAAUUACACUGUCAUGAAGAGGGCCUUUGAUGAAGGUUGGGGUGCUGUGAUUGCUAAAACUGUUUCACUUGAUGCAGCAAAAGUUAUAAAUGUAACACCUCGAUAUGCCCGAUUACGGGCAGGUGCAAAUGGCUCUGCAAAAGGAGAAAUUAUUGGGUGGGAGAACAUAGAACUUAUCAGUGAUAGGCCACUUGAAACCAUGUUGAAAGAAUUCAAGCAAUUAAAAGAAGAGUAUCCCGACAGAAUUCUCAUUGCUUCAAUCAUGGAAGAGUACAAUAAGGCUGCUUGGGAGGAGCUUAUUGAUCGUGUUGAGCAAACUGGAGUUGAUGCAAUCGAAAUAAAUUUCUCAUGUCCUCAUGGUAUGCCAGAACGCAAAAUGGGUGCUGCUGUUGGGCAAGAUUGUGCUCUUCUGGAAGAGGUUUGUGGAUGGAUAAAUGCUAAAGCCACAAUUCCUGUUUGGGCUAAGAUGACUCCAAAUAUAACGGAUAUUUCACAGCCAGCAAGGGUUGCACUAAGUUCUGGAUGUGAAGGAGUAUCUGCCAUAAAUACAAUCAUGAGUGUCAUGGGAAUCAAUCUCACGACUUUGCGUCCCGAGCCUUGUGUUGAGGGGUACUCAACUCCUGGGGGGUAUUCUGCAAAGGCAGUCCAUCCCAUAGCACUCGGGAAAGUGAUGAGCAUUGCAAAGAUGAUGAAGUCAGAGUUUGAUAGCGAGAACUAUUCACUUUCUGCCAUUGGUGGUGUUGAGACAGGUGGAGAUGCUGCUGAAUUUAUUCUUCUUGGGGCAAACACUGUUCAGGUGUGCACUGGUGUUAUGAUGCAUGGCUAUGGUCUUGUGAAGAAACUAUGUGUUGAGCUUCAAGACUUCAUGAAAAAACACAAUUUUACAUCAAUAGAAGACUUCAGAGGGGUUUCUCUUGAGUACUUUACUACUCACACUGAGUUGGUAAGAAGGCAGCAGGAAGCAAUUCAGAAGAGGAAAGCUAUAAAGAAAGGCUUGCAAUCUGACAAAGACUGGACAGGAGAUGGUUUUGUGAAAGAAAGUGAAAGUAUGGUAUCUAACUGA